AUGUCCUCAAUGUCGGCAGCUUCUUCCAGAGUUGCCAGAGUUGCAGAUUUUCAGGUCUACAGGUGUGGUGGAUGUGUUGCCACUCUCAAAGCCAGAGGAUUAGAUAGUUUGCCUAUGCUUGGUAAUGGUUCCCAUGAUGACAACAGCGACUAUGACGAUCAACACUACCAGACAACUGGCUCUGAUGAUUCCAACCCCACCAAGUCGCUUUUACUGAGCGGUUGUCCCCAUGCUGACACUGACCAAGACGAGCUGGGUAAUGUAACAAGGGUAUUGUUUCAGGGCUCUGUGGAUUCCGACCCGAGUGUGUCUCCUUUACCUUGCAAUAGUACCCAUGCUGGUACUGACUAUGAUGGGCUAGACAGUGCGGGAUCUGAUGACUCCAACCUCAGUGUCUUGCUUUUACCAAGCAGUAGUCCUCGCAGUGGCACCGACUAUGACGAACCGGGCAAUCUGGCAAGUGAGGGCCCUUCUGGUUCAAAUCCUCCUGGGUCUGUUGCUAUUAACAUUGGCUUGCAGGUUGAAAAUAAUGAUCCACAGCACAGGACAAGGGUUACUUCCGUACAGUUGACCUUUAUGCUCGUUGGUUUCAACCUAGAAAUGUUGUCAGCAGGUUUCGAUCAGGUUUCCUCUGCAAGUAAGCCUCUUUAUGCACUAAUUAGUUUGCUGUUGGCCAUUGCGGCUGUGCUUACUUGCAUCCUGGAGCUCAUUCACAAUGGUAUAAAGGACAAAGAUGCGUCUCCGAAUAGACUUGUUUUUGGUACGUUGCCUGACAUUUUCGGAUUGGGACUUGCUGUGAUUCAAUGUGUUUGCUCGGCAGUGCAGUAUUAUUUCCUCCAUCAUCAUCAUAGUAAUCCAAUGAAACUGUCCCCUGUGCCUCUCUUUUUCUUCACCUGUUUGGUGGUUUUGAAAUUGAAAGGGAACUAG